AUGCGUCAUAAAUUUAGAUAUAACAUAGUAUUGAAUGACUUGCUCCCGCACAACAAUACCAAUAUCAACAAACUCAACAAACUCAAGGGUAAUUAUGGAGAGGUUCCUUCAUUGUAUCCCAUAUCUGCGUUUGUUAUUGUACUGCCACUGCCAUGUGGAUUAGAGAACCAACCUCAAUUCGGCCCGCCUAGCGUUAUACCGAAUUUAUUUUCUCCACCGCCAAGCUCUAUUUCAAUACCACCAUCACAAUUGAACAAUUUUCCCCAUCAACCAUCACAAUUGAACAAUUUUCCCCAUCAACCAUCACAAUUGAACAACUUUCCUCUUCAACCAUCACAGUUAAACAAUUUUCCUCUUCAACCAUCACAGUUAAACGACUUUCCCCUCCAACCAAGAGUAAUACCAAUAAUUGAAAUUAACCCCGGUAGAAGUAUCCCUCAUGGAGGUUUACCCAUAGAAUCACUUUACCAGCAAUAUUAUCUGCAGCUUGGAUUUCAAAGUCCAAUUAGUCCACUACGAAGCAGUGAUGAAAAUGUCAUUGAUGAUAACGGUAUUGAUGAUAACGGUAUUGACGAUAAUAUUAUGAAGGAGGAUUACAGCAGUAGUAUUCUGGAACACUCAAUACAAUCAUCACCUAAUGCUUCAUCUUCAUCGAGCGAUAUCAUCAUCAAAAUCCAUCCCACCAACCAAAGCGAUUGA